AUGCAUCGGUCCCUGAAGGGAGGAUUAACGGCAGACUUAGAGGACAGUCAGAACAAGAAUAUGGAAAUUGACACAGAGUUUCAGACAGGCAAGGUGAAAGAAGGGAAUGCAGAUGAUGACGACGACGAUGAUGAUGAUGAUGAUGAUGAUGAUGAUGACGAUGACGAUGACGAUGAUGAUGAUGAUGGAGAUGCCUUGCUGGAAUUUGAAGAUGAAGAUGACAUCAUUGACAUGGACGAUAUACGACUGUUUGAUGAAACAGAUAUGCCUAUCACUCAGGAUUCUCAAAGCAACCAAGUCUUUCAAAACACUUGUACAGAUGUAGGGACUGAAAAUAGGGUACAAGACUUGUGCCCCUUUGACAGUGAUUCAGUAUUAGAUAAAGCCAGUGCUACUAAUCAGGAAAAAAUACCUCAGGUUUCUAUUGUAGUUUUAACAAAUAAUAAUUCUUUACCUCAGGAAAUCAACCAAGAUUCCUCAUCCAAUUAUAAUUCAUUAGAGUUAGAAACAUCUCAAAUAAAUUCUUCUGAAAAAGAGGAGAUUAGUCAUCUGACAGAUGGAGAAACAAUCUCAAAAGGCAAGGAUGUAACUCUGCAACAAGCUGGAAAAAUAUACAAGGCAGGAUCAAGUGCAAAAACAGCACAGUUUUCUGAAGGUCAAAGUUCAGGAACACGUAAUGGACCAGAUGCUUCCAUUCCACAAAAAGCUAUUGCUGAUGUUGCAGAUGAAGUGAACUUAGAGAAGACCAAAUCUGACAUUGAAGAUAUCAAACUUGUAAAACCCAAGUUGAGAAGAUCCCCAAGGAAAAGUCAUCAAGAUCUGGUAGAUAAUGCGAAUGACUUAACAACAAAAGUUGGUGUGCAAGAUAGUGACUUGAAAUGCCAACAAGAUUUUUCUGAGCCCUCAACAUCAGCCAGUUUGAAUUCCGAGAGUAAUUUACCCGAAGUGAUCACUAUAGAUGAUCCCAAUCCUGUCCAUGAGAUAGAAAGUGACAGUUUUGAUGUGGAAAGGGGACAUAACUCUGGUAAAGCUUUGCAUAAAUGUUAUCUGUGUGACGUGUCAUUCAACUCAAAGGAUAAUCUCACAGUACACACACGUACUGUUCAUUCUUACUAUCCUCAACUGCCUCCUUGUGGUUGUACCCACUGUGGGGCACAGUUCAAAUCUGAAGAGUUUGCUCACAAACAUGAACGUGAAGUUCAUAGCUUUGAUACAGCCUGUGCGUUCUGUGGUAAAAACCUGUUGACCAAAGAAGCUAUGCAGACCCAUGUUUGUAACCAUCUUCAACCUCUCACUUACCUCUGCAUGUUGUGUCGAGAAGACUUUCCCAAUGUUGUGGAGGCUGAGAAUCAUUUGAGCAAGCACAAGGGUGAAGUGGCGUUUUGGUCAGAUUUCCUCAAGUGCAGAUUUUGUGGGUCAUUGUUUAGUAAACGUGAUAAACUAUUUGACCAUUUGAUGCAAAUACAUGAAGAUCUGUUUCAAGUUAAGUGUAAAUCGUGUUGUCAACCAUUUUAUCAGGAGGCAGCAUUGGUGGUUCAUCGCAGCGAUCAGAACCAGCGACUAGACGGUAAGAGGAUACGAAUUACAGAGAACAUCCACAUACCGUUUAGUGUGGCAAGUGGCAAAGUGUCUAAGGAUUCAAUUGAUAUAACACAAGAUGGCAGUUUUGAAAGUCGCAACGAAGCAUGUGCUCUAAAACUGAAAAACCACCGGGAGCUUGUAAAGUGUGUAAACCAGCAGAAUCGCCUUGAGAUGUUGAACAAACAUGGCACACUGGACACAACUAACCAAGACAGUACUACCACAAGUCCUGAUAGUGAUGUAGCCUCACAGAAAACAGAGAGUUCCAAUAAUGUAACAGCCAAACACAGCCUUGUGGCCAAAAUACUUAGCAGGAAACGUACACAGACAACAAAUGAGGCACCUCAGAAUGAAGCUGAUCAGGGGACAAAGAAUGAACCAACCACGGUGCCGGACAGUCUCGAGAAUUGCUUCCAGAGGAUUAUGUUUCGCUUGGCUUCCAACAUACAGGAACUCCUUCGCUUGAGCCUCACCAUUGAAGGUUAUGUGACUCAGCAGUCUCAUCAGUUCCUUGCCAAAGUGUAUGAUCAGAAAUACAAGGUGGUGAUGGUGUUAUGGACGGAGUUACAAAGCCUCACGCAGGCAGUCAGAUCUAAUGUAUUUGCCAAAGGGAACAAACUCUCCAAAGAUCUUGUCGAUGAACUUUUGUGCGGCAUUUUGAAAAACGUACAUGCACUACGUAAAUCUAAGUUAGAAACGGUCUUGUUGAUGGGGCAUAGUAUCACUAUUGCUUUCCAAGCACUGAUAAAGGUGAUGGUCAGCAAGGAAACCAUUAUCACAGCUGGCCUUCAGUUGAUAGCUGUCAAUCACUAUGAACACUGGCUUGACUUUUUCCCUAGUAUCAUAGAAAACCAAUGGGUCAUAUUCAAGGAAAUUGCCACCAAUCACACAGACAAUAAGAGUGAUAAAGUUUCGGAGCUAGUCAGCAUGCUCUGGCAAUUGAAAGUCUCUCUCAAGGAAGCAGUUGUUCUCAAGAAAGAAGAAAUCAAGAAGUGGAAGGAAAGUAUACACCCUUCAGCAGCAAAUUCGUCUGGAAUUAAUGGAGAAAUGCAAGCAAAAGAAAAUUCAAAACAACUGCUGUUCAAAAUGAAAAAUGAUACAGUAGUGUUUGUGGCAGGGAAAAGCACACCAGUGGCCAUCAGUUUAGUAGAACCAGGUACUCAGAUAACAAUUCCUGUGGUUAAGUUACCUGAGGAAAAUCAAAGUCACUCUUCAGACACUGUCAAUAUCCUACCAGGGACACAAAGCUCCAAGCCGGGGGAAAAAGCCGACAUGAUUCCUCCUGUUGCCCAUCUGCCAAGCUUUCUGUCCAAUGAACAACAUCUGGAUGAAGGCUAUCGCCUUGCUUACAUUUCUGAAGAAUAUCUCGGACAAGGGAUUCGUCCGGUGAGUGUUGGAAAACCUAAGGAGCCCAUAAGCAUUGAUCUCAUUAGCGACGACGAAGACGAUGACAAUGAUGAACCUAAAAACACUGCUAAUGCUUUGGGAUGCUCUGAUAAUGAUUCCAAAAUUAAAUCUACCGAAAGGUCAUCUUCAGAAUCAUCGGAGAUGGAUUGUGUUGAGGAUGACCCUGUAAAUAACGAAAUGGAGAAAGAUAUUUCGAAUGAAUCGACAGAAGUUAAGAUGGUCAAAAAUAUGAAUAAUGACGCAGAUCACUUAGAGCUUGAUUGCGUUGCUAUCAAACCUGAACCAAUGGAUUACAAUGGUAUCACAGUCGAUCUCUGUCUGGUAGAUGACGACGAAGAUAAUGCAGAAGAUGGGCAAAAGAAAGAAAAUACUGAGAAUGACACAAAGAAAGAUGCUGUGUCUUUAGUUAUAGUAGACUCGGAAAAUAAUGAAGAAAUCAAAAUAAUGUUAGCUGAGGAUACGGAUACGGCAGGAGACAAGGCAUUCAGUAAAUACCCUGAAAUAAGACAGAAGACUUCACAUUCCAGUAACCACUCAGGAACACCUGAUCCUGUACAUUCUAUUAAACGUGAGAAUAGCUUGUCAGACGAGGAAUCCUCAACAGGAACACAGCCAAACUUAGGGGAAGACAACUCUCUGGUCCCACCAAGCAAAAAACUAAAACUAGUACAAGUAUUUAAUGGUGCUGCAUACGAAAACACAAACCCUGUUUUUGACUCUACAAAUAAUACUUUAGAAGGGGAGACAACUCAACAAGUAUCUUCAGUGUAUGGUGUGAAAACAGAGCCAAAUCAGGAGGGCUACUCAGAUAUUUCAGGGGAGACAACUGUAAAUGUGAAAAAGGAGUCUGUGUCUGAUUUAGAUGAAAGUACUUCAACAUCAGCCAUAACACCUGUUGUUAUUCCCCCGACGAAAAUCAAAAUUGAGCCAAAUGAACCAGCGGGUGUAAAUACAUGUACAACAGACAGUUCCAAUGAAGAUUGUAAAUCAGCAAUACUAGAAAAAUUGAGAGAGAGACUACAGGUUAGCUCAGAGCAUUGGGAGAUUUCACAACACGACUCUAAUGUGAUCAAAUCAGAACAAUGUGAAACUCCACAGACGGACGCAGAGGUUCUGAAAGCAUAUUAUUCCUAAUAUAGGGUAAACUAGCAUACAAUCAUUAUCAUAAACAUUUACAGCAUAUGUCUUUUGCUGUUUGUCUGUUUGUCUCUCUCUCUCUCUGAUUCUGUCUCUCUCUCUCUCUCUCUCUCUCUGAUCCUGUCUCUCUUUCAGUUUGUGUUUCUCUCUCUUCUCUUUCUCUCUCUCUCUCUGAUUCUCUCUCUCUCAGUGUGUGUCUCUCUCUCUCUUCUCUGAUUCUCUCUCUCUUGCUCUUUCUGUUUCUGUCUAUCUCUUGCUCUUUCUGCAGUGUCUCUGUCCCUCUCACUCUGUUUGGCUAUCUGUCACUCUUUCUGUCUCUGUCUCUUUAUAUAUAUUCAUAUCUACAUGUAUCAGUUCAGUAACAUCAUCUCUAGGAUUAGAAGCCUAACAUUUCACAAAUUUUCAAUGAGGAUUUGUCAGUGUGAAUUCAAAUUGGUUCUAUAAGUAUUAUCUGUAUAAAUGUUUCCAAUUUACACCCAUACCAUCAUGAAUAUUAAAAAGAGUUCCCUUCUUUAUGUACCAAAGAAUAUAUUCCCAAAUAUUUCCAGCAUAGAAAUAUCUUUACCAUCUAUACUAUGACUGAUGUUCAUUGUUCUAUAAAUGCAAUGUCUUAUCAUAAUUAUCACAGAGGCACAGUUAAAAUAUAAUUAUAUAAUGAUAAACUGGUAUAUGUAGAUGUUCAAAGUCCCAAUAUCACAGACGUGCCUUAUGACUUGAAUCCCGAAAUCCAGGACAGUGUUUGGUCAUGGUCAUGAUCACUGCUUUAAGCUCACCCAAUUCACCAUGUGAGCUUAUGGCGUGGCGUGGCAUCCUUCUGUCCCUCCGUUAACGUUAUCUUUAAAACACUACUUUAAAACCAAAGACCUGACCCUUCAGGGGGCAGAAAGGAUAAGCAUUAUUGAAAUAGAGGUUAAUCUUUAAGAAUCUCAUUUUUGUGUGGAUGAAGAAAUUUUUAUCAAAUUAGGUCUAAAGCAUCCUUGGGUGAAGGAAAAAAUUUAUGAAAGGAAAGAAUGCUCUGGACCUAUAGAGGAAUUGAUCCAGUUCGUUCCAGUUCCCUCUUGUUGGACAGAACCAGAAAAGUUCAAAAGAACUGGAUAUACAAGUAAUUGUGACAAGUCUGCUGAAAUAAUGUAGGCAAUACAGGUUCUUUAGGCCUCUUGUUUCAAAACUGGAAAACAUGAUAUUCUUUUAAACGAUACAACAUAUUUUUUGUUUUCUGACUCUUCAAUUUUUGUUUUAACUG